UGGCCAGUUGUGCUCUGGGGACACGGAAUGGGGGAGAUCUGAGCAAGCUGUUCCUUUCCUCAUUCUUGUCUCCCAUCCUAAGAAGCCAAGAACGCUGAUGAUCACCUCAGAAAUGUGAUGAAGGUAUCUUUUGCAGUACCUAUCCAAAAUAUCAUCAUCCCAGGAAAGAUACAAACUAUUUAUCCAGUGACAAGUUUCCAGCCGAAAUCAAUGGGUUCAAGACCAAGUACCGGUAAACCUUGGAGAUAUCAGCAUCUCUCUGCUCUAUUAUCUUCAGCAGUCCUAGAAUGGGUUUUGAUGCUUCUGCUGCUGCUUGAGGGGCUACUCUCCUAUCUGGUGACGACAUUUGCACACCUUUGCAAGCUGCAACCGCCAUGCCCAAUGUGCACAAGGUUGGAUCAUAUCUUGGGCAAGGCAAAGAAGGGCUUUUACUGCAACCUUGUGUGUAGUUCUCACAAGGCAGAAGCAUCAUCAUGGGCAUUUUGCCACAUCCACCAAAAGCUUGUUGAUGUCCACAGUAUGUGUGAGGCCUGCCUUCUUUCAUUUGCUACUGACAAGAAAUCAAACCUUGAGACAUACCGAUCCUUGGUAGGAAAACUUGGUGUCGGUAUUGACAAUGCACGUUGCAGAGACAACUUCACUUCGGGAAAUGAGGCAACUGAAGCACCAGUCCUGAAGGAAACUCUAUGCUCAUGCUGCUCGAGGCCAUUGGAAGUGAAGUCUCAUCCUUUUGUCGUUCUUCAGAGUAAAGCUAGUGGCAUUGGCAUCGAGGGGAUCUGCAGAGUUGUUUCAAGAGAUCAUCAGAGUAUCGAUGAGAUCAAUUAUGUCGCGUACAGUGAGCUGAAGACCUCUGACACUGAAUCAGAGGCCUGGCAGCCUGGUGGUAAUGUUGGAAAUUUACUAAAGGAUGACUAUGUUAAUUUGAAGGAAGGUUUUGCAAUGGGCCAUCAUCAACUAACAGAGAUUGCAUAUGACAUGCCUCCAUAUGACAGCUCACAGGAGAAAAAUCCUGAGCAGUCUGAGCUGACACUAGUCCAGAAUGGUGGUUCUGACAGUAUGCCUAUUGAAAAGUCAGAAGAGUUGCACAACAUCCUAGAUGAUGGAAAUGGAAAGGCAAGCCUCCAAUCAACUGAUCUUACCAUCAAAGAUGAGCAGCAAAUUACUAAACAUCCCGGCACAAAAGAUAAAUUGGAAGAUGAUGCUUGGCACAAUGCUCUUAGUUCUACUGAGGAGUUAACAGUAGACACUAAAUCAGCUGAAACAGACACCAUAACCGAUGAAAAGAAAGCUGAAUUUACUCACACAGCAAGAAGGAAGGAUUCUUUUAGAGUUCAUGAAGAUUUGAAGUCACUGUUGUCACAGCUUUCUACUGCUUCACAGGCACCUGACUUCGAUAGUCCUACUGUCCAGAACCAGCAUGAACAAGCCAUACUUCACAAUAUCACUAGGGCACUCUCCCUUGAUAGGAAUUAUUCAGGUAUCUCUGAGAGCACAGUGCAUGAAGCUGAAGGAGAGUGCACAAUUGAUCAACUGAAGCAACAAAUCGAAUUAGACCGCAAGUCAAUAAACCGUCUUUGGAAGGAGCUGGAGGAAGAAAGAAACGCUUCAGUUGUUGCAGCGAACCAAACAAUGGCCAUGAUCACUAGACUACAGGAAGAGAAGGCAGCAAUGCAGAUGGAAGCCUUGCAGUACCAGAGGAUGAUGGAAGAGCAAAGCGAGUACGACCGCGAGGACCUUCAGAAGAUGGCUCAAACAGUUCAAACACUCCAAUCAGAGAUCGAAGGCUACAAGAUAAAACUUAAGGAUCAGUUGCUCGUCGACGAAAUACGCGACCACAUGCGCCUUUCAUGUCCGAAAGAAUAUGGUACUAGCAUCUCCAGAGUCAAAUCACUCUCGGGUUUUGAGGACGAGAAGACGUACAUCUCAAAGCGCUUGAGAAAUCUGAGACAGAAGCUUCAUGACUUCUCAAACAGUAGCAAGCUUGUUCCAUUUCCCAAGCUCAGUGAUGACAAAGAAGGUUCAGUUGAUGACAGAAACAACGAGGAUGUGUGUGAAGAUGACGACGAAGACGACAACAGAGACGAUUCAGAAUUCAACAAGCAUCUAGGAAGAAAUGGGGACAGAUUCAGGGACUUGAAACACGGCAGAGGACAUGAUCCAAAGGGGCAGUACCAUGCCAUGGUCAGUGAGAAUGACUUGGCUUCUUUCGAAGACCAGAUAUCUGAAGUCAGUGGGAGGCUGAUGGCGCUGGAAGCGGACCGGAGCUUCCUGGAGCAUAGCGUGAACUCGCUAAGAAACGGCGAGGCAGGCGAGGAGCUGAUCCGCGACAUCGCCAGCAGCCUCAGGGAGCUCCGGAAGAUGGGGAUCACUUGGAAGGAGUACGAUUAGCUGAAGAUGGCGGUCACUGCUGUAGCAGAGGGUGUAAAUAAUGAUGAGCUGAUUGUAGUGGAGCAUGUGCCUGCGGUUGCUGUCAUUUGGUUGUGGUUGUGGGUAUGCAAGUGCGCCGAGCAUUUCGCGUGAAGUCAUGUGCAUUGCAUUGCAGAGUUUUGGUGCCUGCGUGUGACCGGUGUAUAUGCACUUUUGAGAGCUUUCUUUCUUUCUUUCUUCCCUGAAGAUGAUGUAUAGGGCUUUGUUUUCAAAAAAAAAAUCCAGAACAUUUUUUGUUUAUUUUUAUUUCUUUUUUUUGAAAGGAUUUGGUUUCUUUUCCCUGGGAGAGCUUUUGGGUUGCUCCCUGUCCUGGCCAA